ACACGGCCGACCCACAUCACCGCAGUCAAAAUCUGCACAUCGUGAACUUUUCAUCAACCACACUUUUCCUGACGCCAUACUAGUUUGGUCAUUCCUUUCAGACCUCUUGCAGCAUGCAACAGGGCUUUGUGUGGCACACUACAUACUUGGUUGUCAACUCUGCAACGUUUUUGGUUGUCACAAACUCCACCCCCGCAUCUGCAGGUUUGUACGAGCUCUCUACUUGCUCUGUAUAUCAUUUAUUUGAUAAGGCUCACCUGGUCAGUGGUACUUGUCAAACAUCGCUACCAGUGGAGGCAUCAGGGUCUGACAGCCUGUCAUGUCUGUGCGUAUCUAUGGCAGUAGUCCUGACCAGAAGCCAAGCCUGUCACUGUCAUACUCUCCGGCUGUGCAGGUUGUAUUUCUGGCAUAGGGUUCUCUUGGCCGUACACUAUCAGAGAAUAACCGUGUCACUACAAUAUGACCAUAUCACUCAGGCACAGCACGGACAAGUCGCCGACCGCGGCGACGACAGUUCGUGAUCCGGGAUGUUGGUCAAGCCACUCGGAGGGAUCCAAAGAUCCCAUCAAUCCAAUCGCAGAGCUAGUCUUCUGUGUUUCGUUUUGUACCUUCGCGAGGAC